AUGCCGCCGAAGAACCAGCGGGAUCUGUCAGGGUACCAGUACUCGGCCCUGUCGUCGCUGGUCCUAAGCGCAGGUCGCAGACAGGGGGGAAAUGAACCUACUGGUGAGGCAGAGUCUCUUGUAGGUCGCAUUGACCCGAAGGCCAUGGGCUCGCGCGUCGUCCGGGCCGAAGUCACGGAUGUCGAGAAAAAGAAGCGUAAGGCUGCCGAGAAUGACGAACUCGGCGCUAUUAAGAAGCGUAGCAAUGCUGAAGCAGGACAAUAUGCGAAUGUGCUGCAGGCCAGCGCCGAGCUUGAUGGCCUGCGGUACCUCCCGCGCACGGACGAGACGCGGCAUGUGUAUGAACUUAUUCUCAGCAUGGUGCAAAGUGCGUUGGGUGAUCAGACAAGCGAAAUCAUUCGUUCGGCAACAGAUACAGCAUUGGAGAUUCUCAAAGAUGAAAAUAUGCGUGAUCUAGACAAGAAGCGCGAGGUCGAAAGCUUUUUGGGUCCAGUGUCAGAGGAACAGUUCGGCCAGUAUAUUAACCUCAGCAAGCGUCUCACAGACUAUGAAGAAGAUAAAGGAACAAGCACUGCGGACACUGCCACUAUGGAUGACGAGACAGGCGUGGCCGUGCUUUUUGACAAUGAGGACCAGGAAAGCAACCCUGAGGAAGAAACUUACGUCGUGCGCGACGUGUCUGACAAUGAAGAAAACGAGUCGGAAGAGGACGCUCCUUUCGAAGAGGGCCAAGAGGAUGAGCUUGUUCUGGGUGGAAAAGAGACCAGCAAAGACCAAGGUGUUUCUGUUCAUGAGGUUGAUGCAUUUUGGCUGCAACGUCUUCUUCGCUCGCAUUACCAAGAUGAAAUUGAAGUCAGCGAGAAAGCAGACGCUGCACUUGAGAUUCUUGGUGCCAGCGACGAUGUUCGUGAGUGUGAGAACAACCUUAUGGAUCUGUUUAACUAUGAGCACAUGGAUAUGGUCCAAACGCUGACGAAAAACCGCCAGGUGGUAUAUUGGUGUACUCGCUUGGCGCGCGCAUCGGAGGAUGAGCGCAUGGACAUUGAGGUUGCUAUGCGUGAAAAGAAUGUGGGCUAUAUCCUGAAGCGCUUGGCAGGAGAAAACGUACAAAGAGGCAUGAAAGAAGAUGAGCUCGCUGCUGCCAAACAGGAAAAGUUCCGUCUCACAUCCCGCGCCACACUCGCGCCAGGUUCGACAGCUGCCCCCCGUGCUGUUGUUGAUCUAGAGGCCAUGGCGUUCAGUGAGGGAGGCCACCUAAACACUAAUCCUAAGGUGCGCCUCCCGGCUGGAAGUUUCAAGAGGACCAAGAAAGGAUACGAAGAGGUACAUGUCCCGGCCCCAGAGAAGCGUACAGUAUCGCCUGAAGAGCUGGUGCCUAUUUCUCGUAUGCCUGACUGGGCUCAGGAGGCCUUUUCGGGUGCGACGACGCUCAAUCCUGUGCAGAGCAAGUGCUACCCGGUUGCUUUUGGCAGCGAUGAGCCGAUGCUUCUUUGUGCCCCCACUGGGGCUGGCAAGACCAAUGUGGCAAUGCUGACGAUAAUGAGAGAGCUGGGCAAAUGGCGCGAUGAAGAAACAGGUAUCAUGGAUGCUUCGCAAUGUAAAAUGGUCUACGUCGCACCAAUGAAAGCGCUGGUCGCUGAACAGGCCAACAAUUUCCGCAAGCGCCUGGAACCCUAUGGGAUUACUGUCAAUGAGCUCACGGGUGAUAGCCAAUUGACUAAAGCACAAAUUGCCGAGACUCAGGUCAUUGUUACAACGCCUGAAAAGUGGGAUGUAAUCAGCCGGAAGAGCUCAGAUACCUCGUAUACGAAUUUGGUUCGCCUGUUGAUUAUUGAUGAGAUUCAUUUGCUGCAUGACGACCGUGGCCCGGUGCUGGAAGCUAUCGUAGCGCGCACGAUCCGACGCAUGGAGCAGCUGAAUGAACCAGUGCGUAUUGUGGGUCUUAGUGCCACACUACCCAACUAUCAAGACGUGGCUGCGUUCCUGCGCGUGAAUCCCAAUACAGGCCUGCUGUACUUUGAAUCUAGCUACCGCCCAUGCCCUCUCCGGCAGGAAUUUAUCGGUCUGACAGAGACAAAGGCUAUCAAACGACUGCAACUAAUGAAUGAAGUGACCUAUGACAAGGUGAUGGAGCAUGCGGGAAAGAACCAGAUUAUGAUUUUUACGCAUUCGCGCAAGGAGACAGGAAAGACGGCUAAGUUCCUGCGUGACACUGCUGAGGAGCGUGAGACGCUCAGUGCGUUCUUGCCGCAGACUAGUGCGAGUCGUGGUAUUUUACGUGAGGCUGCUGAAGACGCCAAGGACAGUAACCUACGCGAUUUAUUGCAAUACGGCUUUGGUAUUCACCACGCCGGUAUGACACGCUCUGACCGUGAAUUAGUCGAAGAUUUGUUUGCGAGCCGGCACCUACAAGUAUUGGUCAGUACAGCCACUCUUGCGUGGGGUGUGAAUCUGCCAGCCCAUACCGUGAUCAUCAAAGGCACCCAGAUCUACAAUCCAGAGAAGAGUCGGUGGUGCGAGCUCUCGCCUCAAGAUAUGCUCCAGAUGCUGGGUCGUGCAGGACGACCUCAAUUUGACACGAUUGGUGAGGGUAUUAUCAUCACGCAGCAUUCUGAGCUGCAGUACUAUUUGUCCCUGCUUAACCAGCAGCUUCCAAUCGAAAGUCAGUUUGUGUCUCGUCUCGCAGAUAACCUCAAUGCGGAAAUCGUACUUGGCACAAUCCGCAACCGUGACGAGGCUGUGACGUGGCUUGGCUACACGUAUCUGUAUGUUCGCAUGUUGCGCUCGCCGGUGUUAUACAGUGUCACAUCCGACUAUAUGGAAGAUGAUCCUUUCCUGGAGCAAAAGCGGGCCGACAUUGUGCACAGUGCUGCUGUGCUUUUGGAGAAGGCUGGUCUUGUACGCUACGACCGCACAACCGGACUAUUCACGUCGAAUGAGCUGGCCCGAAUUGCAGCACACUACUAUCUCACGCACACCAGUAUGGGCACGUUCCACAAGCAUCUGCGCAGCCACACAGGUCCUAUUGAGCUCCUGCGCAUUUUUUCUUUCAGUGAUGAGUUCAAGCACCAGAUUGUGCGGCAGGACGAAAAACUUGAGAUUACUAAGCUGAGGGAGCGUGUGCCUAUCCCGAUCAAGGAAAGUGUUGAUGAGCCCAGUGCAAAAAUCAAUGUGCUGCUCCAGACAUGGAUUUCCCAGCUCUCACUCGAGGGAUAUGCACUUGCAGCGGAUAUGGUGUAUGUGACGCAGUCCGCAUCGCGUAUCUGGCGUGCGCUGGUGGAAAUUUGCAUUAUUCGCGGGUAUGCUCGUACUACUCGCCAUGCCCUGGAACUUGCAAAAAUGACCGAGCGCCGUCAAUGGGGCUCCAUGACACCGCUGCGGCAGUUCCCAGGUGUGGCACCAGAUCUGAUUCGACGCUUGGAACGUAAGGAGUUCCCUUGGGCUCGUCUGCGCGAUCUUGAGCCGAACGAGAUGGGUGAGCUCAUUGGUAUUCCGCGCGCUGGUCGGCUGCUCCACCGUCUAGUCUUCCAAUUUCCCCAUCUGGAAUUGCAGGCCUAUUUUCAGCCGUUGACGCGCUCUUUGUUGCAAGUCCAUCUUUCGAUCACGCCCGACUUUGAGUGGGAUGAACGCAUUCACGGUGGAGCCCUGAGCUUCUGGUUGCUGGUCGAAGAUGUCGAUGGCGAGUCGAUCCUGUUUUAUGAGCAGUUCGUGUUGCUGAAACGUUACGCUAGCGAUGAGCAUACCGUAUCCUUUACUGUGCCGCUGACGGAGCCGCUGCCUCCCAACUACUACAUCUCGUUGUUAAACGACAGGUGGCUUCACAGCGAGGUUCGCUUGCCCAUUUCAUUCAAGCAUCUGAUUUUGCCGGAUAAGUUUGCACCUCCAACGCCUUUGCUGGACCUUCAGCUGCAGCCAGUGGAUGUUCUUGGACCCAAGGCCGCGGAGCGCUACGAGUUCAAGUACUUAAAUCGAGUACAAACGCAGGCAUUCCAUGCGCUCUUUGAGACUGACGACAGUGUUUUGUUGGCAGCGCCAGUCGGUGCCGGGAAGACCAUGUGUGCUGAGCUCGCACUCUAUCGCUUCUGGAACCAAGGUGGACAGCGCGCUGUUUGCAUUGUACCGUACGCAUCCAUGGUCGGACCGCGUGUCGCUGAGUGGAAGGCGCGUUUUAAUGGCAAGGAGAUUGUUGCACUUGCGAGCGAGACCAGCAUGAACUUGCGCCUGAUCGAACAAGCAGAUGUGGUAAUUUCAACACCUGAGCAGUGGGAUGUCCUCAGCCGUCGUUGGCGACAGCGCAAAAAUGUGCAGCAGGUGGGGUUGUAUAUCCUGGACGACUUGCAUUUGUUGACCGAUGCUAAGAUGGGUGCCACAUACGAGGUGGUGUGUUCACGCUCACGCUUCAUUGCGGCACAGUCAGACUAUACGACUCGCUUUUUGGGUCUUAGUGCGCCGCUGGCCAAUGCAACGGACGUGGGAGAAUGGCUGGGUGCCAAGCACACACUUAACUUUGCUCCCAGCGCACGACCUGUCCCCAUGGAGGUGCAUAUUCAGCCGUUCAACAUUCCCCACUUCCCCUCGUUGAUGAUUGCUAUGGCCAAGCCGGCCUAUCUAGCUAUAUUGGAAUACGCUCCAGCAGAUCCGGUCUUGGUGUUUGUGCCCACGCGGAAGCAGACCAAACUCACAGUCCAUGACAUUCUUUCGUAUGCGCUGGCGGAUAGCGAUCGCGAUGGAAGUCGCGAGUGCCGAUUCUUGAACAUGGAGCCCGAGGAUUUGCAGCCCCAUCUUGAACGACUGCAAGACAAGGACCUGGCAGAGUGUGUCGCAUAUGGUAUCGCCUUUUACCAUGAAGGGCUGAGCAAGGGCGACCGGCGUAUAGUCGAACGCUUGUUUGCUGCUGGCGCCAUUCAGGUGAUGGUGGCAUCCAAGGACACCGUUUGGAGCCUGCCGGUGAGCGCGCACCUGGUGCUGCUCCUCUCGCUGCAAACGUACGAAGGUCGCGAACACCGCUAUGUCGACUAUCCCUUGACGGACAUGAUCGAGAUGGUUGGAAAGUGUACCGUGCCUGGUGAGGAUGGGAACAGUCGGUGCAUGUUGCUGUGUCAGGCAAACCGCAAAGACUACUUUAAGAAGUUUUUGGCUGAAGGUUUGCCGCUUGAGAGUCGCCUUGGUGCCUAUACCCAGGAUUUCCUGAAUGCGGAGAUUGUCGCUCGCACGGUGGAAGACAAGCAAGGAGCUGUUGAUAUCCUUACAUGGACAUUGAUGUACCGACGCCUUCCUCGCAAUCCCCAGGCCUAUGGUUGUCAAGGUCGUGAUAUGCAGCACAUCGGAGAUUUUAUGUCCGAGCUGGUGGAGACUACGCUGGCGGAGCUGGAGCAGAGCAAGUGUGUGGCCAUUGAGGAUGAGAUGGACGUGAGCCCGCUCAACCUGGGUAUGAUUGCAAGCUUCUACAAUGUCAGUUUCGCCACGAUUGAUGUCUUCCAUUUGUCACUGACGGCCAACACCAAGCUCCGUGGGAUGCUGGAGAUUGUGGCGUCCGCAUCUGAAUUCGAUGAUGUACCUAUCCGGCACCACGAGGACGUGUUGUUGCGCCGCAUCUACGACCGGGUGCCUUUGAAGCUGGACAAGAUCAACUUUGAGAAUCCUCAUCACAAGGUUUUUGUGUUGUUGCAGGCGCACUUCUCGCGCCUGACGCUACCAGCCGAUCUAGCGCAGGAUCAGCAUGAUAUUCUCAACCGUGUUCUCACAUUGUUAAACGCUUGUGUGGAUGUGAUGAGUUCGGGUACUAUGUUAAAUGCGAUCGUGGCGAUGGAGCUGAGCCAUAUGUGUGUUCAGGCUGUUUGGGACCGAGACUCACCCCUUCGUCAAGUGCCGCAUUUCACUUCGGAGACCAUCGAGCGCUGCCAGGCUCGUGGUAUUGGGGAUGUGUAUGCGCUUGCUGAUACGCUACCAGAUAUGAGCGACAAGGAGCGUGAUGACUUGCUGCAGCUGAACAAAAGACAGUUAGCCGAUGUCGCGCGUCUUACCAACGAAUUCCCUUAUGUCGAGAUUGACUUUACCAUUGACGACCAGGAUUCACUGGAUAGUGCGACGCCCAUUGUGCUUAAUGCCACACUAGAGCGCGAUGUGGAUGAGGACGACGAGGACGAGAUGCCGGACCCUACUGCAAUUGCACCGUUCUUCCCCUCGACCAAGAUGACCGCCUGGUGGCUUGUCGUGGGUGACCCUAACACCCGCAACUUGCUGAGCAUCAAGCGCGUGACGAUUGCCAAGACAGUGCAGGUGCGACUUGAGUUCCACCUGCCGGCGGGUCAGCACAACGACCUAAAGUUGUACUUGAUGUGCGACAGCUAUGUGGGAGCCGACCGGGAGUUGGACUUGCCCGCACUGCAAGUGGCGCAGGGAGAAGAGGAAGAGGAAGAAGACGUCGACGACGAAGAUGUAGAAAUGCCCGAUGCAUAG